GCAGGCGGAGCCGACGGGAGCGCGCCCGUCACAAGAUGGCUGCGGCCAUGCGAGGGUCUGGGGCCGUGUGUGCGCAGUGGGCAGCAGCGGUGCGGUCCAGGUAUCAGGCGUGUCAGUGGCGCUAGCCUGGCCUUCGAGUCUUGUUUGUGGUCACUUCCUCCGCCUCACCCCGCCUUGGCCAGCAUGGAUCUGCCGGUGGGCCCGGGCACAGCGGGGCCCAGCAACGUCCCGGCCUUCUUGACCAAAUUGUGGACACUCGUAAGCGACCCGGACACCGACGCGCUCAUCUGCUGGAGCCCGAGCGGGAACAGCUUCCACGUGUUUGACCAGGGCCAGUUUGCCAAGGAGGUGCUGCCCAAGUACUUCAAGCACAACAACAUGGCGAGCUUCGUGCGCCAGCUUAACAUGUAUGGCUUCCGGAAGGUGGUCCACAUUGAGCAGGGUGGCCUGGUCAAGCCAGAACGGGACGACACUGAAUUCCAGCACCCUUGCUUCCUGCGUGGUCAGGAGCAGCUCCUGGAAAACAUCAAGAGGAAGGUGACCAGUGUGACCACUCUAAAGAAUGAGGACAUAAGGAUUCGGCAAGACAGUGUCACCAAGUUGCUGACAGAUGUGCAACUCAUGAAGGGGAAACAGGAAAGCAUGGACUCCAAGCUCCUGGCCAUGAAGCACGAAAACGAGGCCUUGUGGCGGGAGGUGGCCAGUCUGCGGCAGAAGCACGCCCAGCAGCAGAAAGUCGUCAACAAGCUCAUCCAGUUCCUCAUGUCCUUGGUGCAGUCCAACCGGAUCCUGGGGGUGAAAAGAAAGAUCCCCCUGAUGCUGAAUGAUAGUGGUGCUGCCCACUCCAUGCCCAAGUACGGCCGCCAGUACUCCUUGGAGCACAUCCAUGGAGCUGGCCCCUACCCGGCUCCAGCCCCGGCCUACAGCAGCGCAAGCCUCUACUCCCCAGAUGCUGUGGCCAGCUCUGGGCCCAUCAUCUCCGACAUCACAGAGCUGUCGCCCAGCAGCCCCUUUGCCUCCCCUGGCAGGAGCAUAGAUAAGAGGUCCCUGGUAAGGGUCAAGGAGGAGCCCCCCAGUCCGCCUCAGAGUCCUCGAGUGGAAGAGGCCAGCCCCGGGCGCCCACCUUCUGUCUUGGAGACCCCCCCGUCCCCAAUCACUUUCAUUGACUCCAUUCUACGAGAGAGUGAGCCAGCCCCUGUGGCCUCAGCCACUCCCCUCCCAGAGGCUGGGGUCCACCCCCGUUCACCCACUCCUGCAUCAGCGCCCGAGAAGUGCCUCAGCGUAGCCUGCCUGGACAAGACCGAGCUCAGCGACCACUUGGAUGCCAUGGACUCCAACCUGGACAACCUUCAGACCAUGCUGACAACCCACGGCUUCAGUGUAGACACCAGUGCCCUGCUGGAUCUCUUUAGCCCCUCUGUGACCAUGCCCGACAUGAGCUUGCCGGAUCUAGACAGCAGCCUGGCUGGUCAGAUCCAGGAGCUCCUCUCUCCCCAGGACCCCCCCAGGCCUCUCGAGGCUGAGAACAACAACCCUGACUCAGGGAAGCAGCUGGUACACUACACAGCACAACCCCUGUUCCUGGUGGACCCGGGCCCUGUGGACAUGGGCAGCAGCGACCUGCCUGUGCUCUUCGAGCUGGGAGAGGGCGCCUACUUCUCUGAGGGGGAUGACUACGUGGAUGAUCCCACCAUCUCCCUUCUGACAGGCUCCGACCCCCCAAAAACCAAGGACCCCACUGUCUCGUAGAGGUUCCAGAAGGGCUGGCCAUGCCUUCCCCUAGCCUUCCCAUGCAGGGCUAUCUUGGGGGAACUGGACGGUGGUGGGGUGGGCAGACCCAUCAGUGGCAAUGGCUGCCUGGGCCUCACAGCCACACUUGGACUGACUAGGGUUGCGGUGUUCAUAGAAUUGUAUUUUGGAUUUUUACACAAGUGGACCCCUUCCCCACUAUAGAUACACAGAUAUCUACACAGACAGGCAGGCAGGGAUCUAUAUAUAUAAAGGACAGUCUCUA